UCUCAAGAUCAGCCAAGUGUUUCUGUAACGUGAAGAUGUCUCUCUAAAUCUCUCCACGUUUCACUUCAUAACUAAACGUGUCCAAAUCUUGCUUGCUCUCAAGAACGUAUAGCAUGGCCCUUCAUUACAAUUGCCUGAUUGAACAAGAAACAAGGAAAGGAAGAAACCUUAAUUAUUACAAACCUUCAACACGAAGUACCAAUUAAUCAUAUAGAAAAUGAGCCAACGACAGCAACAAAGGCCUCAAGAACCCAUCAAGUAUGGAGAUGUGUUUUCUGUGGAAGGUGAGCUUGCUGAGAAGCCAGUGGCACCAAGAGAUGCUGCAAUGAUGCAGACAGCAGAGAAUGCAUUGAUGGGGCAGAUUCAGAGAGGUGGUGCUGCCUCAAUGAUGCAAUCUGCUGCUAUGAGAAAUGAGAGAGCUGGGUUUGUUGGUCACAGUGAUGUCAAUGAUGUUGCUAAUUAUCAGGGAGUGAGUGCCACUGAGACUGAGAUGCCUGGGAGGCGUAUAAUAACAGAAGCAAUUGGUGGUCAGAUUGUUAGGGACUUUGAUCAAAGGGCUCCAUUAGUGCAGUCACCACCACCCUUAUUCCAACAGGUUGAUGCUGGGAUCACAAUUGGUGAAGCACUUGAAGCCACUGCCCUAUCAUGUGGGCAGAAGCCUGUUGAAUGGAGUGAUGCAGCAGCAAUUCAAGCAGCUGAAGUAAGAGCCACUGGCCGGACAACCAUUACUCCUGGUGGAGUUGCAGCCGCGGCCCAGUCAGCAGCAACCAUCAAUGCAAGAAUGACGAAGGACGAGGACAAGACAAAACUGUCAGAUGUUCUUGCAGAUGCAACUUCAAAGUUACCAGCAGAUAAGCCGGCGACGAGAAAAGAUGCUGAAGGGGUGACAGGAGCAGAAAUGAGGAACGAUCCAUUCUUGACUACAAACCCUGCUGGUGUGGCUGCUUCUGUGGCUGCUGCUGCAAGGCUCAACCAGCAGAAUAACACUAAAAAUAAGAAAGAAUCUUAAGUAGCUAGAGAUUUAAUUUUUGGUAUAAUCAUGCGUGUCUGUUAUUUCUGAUAGGCUAUGAAAUAAAUUACUUGAGAGUCAAGUUUUGUUACCUUCUGCACUGUAUGGUUCUGCAUGAUAAAGAAAGGAACGGAUUAAUAAGUUC